AUGCCGACUGCCAGAGCCUUCUGUCCGUCGCUCUGUACCUGCGAGAGUGAUCGUUAUCUUCGCACGUCCUGCUUUAACGCGUCGCUGGAGGUGGUACCGAUCCAAUUAAACCCGGACGUGCGAUACAUCAACCUAACCGCGAACCAGAUCAACAACGUGCACUUUACGCUGGCCUUCUACUACCAGCUCGAGUCGCUGGAUCUCUCCCACAACCGGAUCGAUUCGCUUGGCUCAAAAAACUUCGAAUCGCAGGAGAAGCUGCUCGUGCUUAACGUAAGCCACAACGUGCUGCAGAGUCUGCUGAAGGAUAGCUUUCGAGGGUUGAAACGGUUGGAGUUGCUGCGGCUGAACGAUAACCAGCUCGAACAGAUCCACCCGACGGCCUUCCAGGCCCUCGGCAGCCUUCGUCGGCUCGAGCUGUCCAACAAUCGACUGAUCAGCUUCGAGCCGGGCGUCCUGAAUCCGAUCGUCUCCCUCGAAACGCUUCUGCUCGACAACAAUCAGCUACUCGAGGUGCCGUACGAGAGCAACCUGGAGCACCUACGGGCCCUCCGCCACCUAGACCUUGCCGGCAACCUGAUCGAAUUCAUCGCCAACGACAGCUUCGGUACGCUGCACGAGCUACGAACCCUGCACCUCGCCGGCAACGUGCUCAUGGAGCUCGACCUGAGCGCGUUCAGCGGCCUAAGCGCCCUCCAGCUCAUCGAUAUGGCCGAUAACAAUCUAACGACCGUCCCGACGGUGCAGCUGUCGAAGCUGUACAAUCUCACCACCCUGACGCUCAGCGGGAACUCGUUCGUUCGGCUGCCGGCAGUGGCCUUCCAGAAUCUGUUCCAGUUGCGCGAGUUGCACCUGGAUCGCCUGGAUCGGCUGGAGCACAUCGAUACAAGAGCAUUCAUCGACAACACGUACCUGCAGGUGCUAACUCUCGACGAAAACCCGUCCUUUUCGGCGUUACCAGUGCGGCUAUUCCAAGGCAACCCACAUCUGAUAGACAUUUCGAUGCGACGCAACGCCCUCCUAACACUCGAUGCCGUGCAGUUCCCACUCGAUCGGCUCCAGCGGUUAAAGCUGGCCGGAAACCCGCUCGUCUGCAACUGCACCAUUCGCUGGCUGUGGCGGCUGGUGACGGGAACGCCGGCCGAUGACGGUGACGACGAUCCGGACGGUGUGGCCUUCCUGGGACGCUCACUGCCGGAUCAUUCCACCAACAUCACCACCGUGCUGCUUAUCGAUAAGGACGAGAUCGGCUGUGAUCUUAACGAGGACGGACUGGUCACGCGCCGGACACUGCGCAACAUGUCCGAGAGUGACAUCAACUGUCCGGCUCACCUCGUGACAGUGCUGAGUGUGCUGUUGAGCCUGAUCCUGCUAUCUCUCGGUGCCGGUGGGGCCAUCGUAUACCGCCGCAAGUCCCGCGAGCGCCAGAAGAUCCUGCAAGAGCGCAAAAACGUUCACGAGCGAAUCGUUCCGCAAAAGGUGGACAAGCUCGAGCUGGAGCGCUACCUUGCGCAACAGGUACUCUCCAACGACUACUGCGAGCUACGGCCAGCUUGUGAUCUGCCCGUACGCUACGACCUUAAGUACCCGGACCAAACGGGGCACCUCCAGCUGCAGCACCAACACCCGGAUGCGGAAGGAGACUCCGAUCACUACGAGAACAUCGACUACCUGCAGCAUCAGCGGGUGCUGGGUGCGGUAGUGUCCGGCGGGUCGCAGUCCAUCACCACCACUACCAACCCGUUCCACCAGCAAACGCCAUCCCACGGGUCGUACCCGAUGUACCAUCAGCAUCAGUCACAUCAUCAUCACAACCAUCACCAUCAACACCAUCAUCAGCCAGCGCAACCAUCGAUGCCUGCGAUGACGAUGCAACAUCCGCACAAGUAUCCACCGCAUCAGCAGCACGGUGGGCAACCUGGGAGCAACACCAACACGCUACCAGCGCCGCCGGGGCAGCGCAGUCUUAACAACUAUUCGCCCAACUUCUUCAUCUACGUCCUGUACUCACACUUUAUCCUCCUGCUGCUCAUCUUAUGA